AGGCGCACCUCGUCCAUUUGCUCACUUCGGUGACUCAAACAAUCUCUCAUACUCGUCAAUUGCUCUCUUCCGUCCUUGUUUUUUUCAUCCUCUUUGCUUCAUUGUGCUGCAGCCUGUAAUCUCCAGCUUUGCACGUCUUUCUUCACGCCCUACACAGCCGCCAGCAUGAUCCCUCGGCGUGCACGCGGCACUCUUCAGUGUCUGAACAAGGCUCGGCCGUUUUCAACAACCGCCCCAGCGGCAGGAAUUAUUCCAAACGCACGGAAAGCUGUUCAGGCUUCAGGCCAAAAGCAGGCGAAUGACGCCUCGAAACGAACGCAAAGUACAUCUACAGCCUCCGCCACCCAGGACAGGCCUCGACCCAGCCCUUCAUUCAAUCGUGAGGAGUCAUGGAAGGACGUCCACCCUCUACGGCCUUACAAAGCCCCAGAGCUCGACUAUUCGUUCGUUGGGAAGACUGGAGGAGAGAUCAUACACGAGAUGCUGCGGAGACAAGACGUCAAGCAUGUUUUUGGCUACCCUGGUGGUGCCAUCCUACCUGUUUUCGACGCUAUCAUGAACUCCCCCCACUUCGACUUCAUUCUCCCGAGACAUGAGCAAGGCGCCGGACACAUGGCCGAGGGCUAUGCUAGAGCGACGGGCAAGCCUGGAGUUGUUAUUGUCACUUCAGGUCCGGGCGCGACCAACGUCAUCACACCCAUGCAGGAUGCUCUCAUGGAUGGCACACCAAUGGUCGUCCUCACGGGACAGGUCGUUACCUCAGCCAUAGGCUCUGAUGCUUUCCAAGAAGCAGAUGUCAUUGGUAUCUCGAGGGCGUGCACCAAGUGGAAUGUCAUGGUCAAGAGUAUCGCUGAGCUUCCACGAAGAAUUAAUGAAGCUUUCGAGAUCGCGACAUCUGGAAGACCCGGCCCGGUCCUAAUCGACCUGCCCAAGGAUAUCACUGGUGGUACUCUGCAAAGACCAAUUCCCGUGCAGAGCGCACUGCCUGUGCAUCCGAGUGCGGCUACUCUAGCCGCAAGAGAGCUCAGUAUGAAGCAGCUUGAGGGGUCUAUCAAGCGUACUGCAGAACUCAUCAAUAUUGCCAAAAAGCCCGUGAUAUAUGCAGGCCAGGGCAUUCUCAGCCAUCCAAACGGACCAAAGCUUCUAAAGGAGCUGUCAGAUAAGGCGCAGAUCCCCGUCACCACAACUCUCCAAGGCCUAGGAGGUUUCGACGAGAUGGAUCCGAAGUCCCUGCACAUGCUCGGCAUGCACGGUUCGGCCUAUGCAAACAUGGCUAUGCAAGAAGCCGAUCUCAUUCUUGCUCUUGGUGCUCGUUUCGACGAUCGCAUUACGGGCAGCGUGGCGAAGUUUGCGCCACGUGCGAAAGAAGCUGCCCAGGAAGGACGAGGUGGCAUUGUACAUUUCGAGAUCAUGCCGAAGAACAUCAACAAAGUUGUUCAAGCCACCGAGGCUGUCGAAGGUGACGUUGUUACGAACCUCGGUCUUCUACUCCCACACCUCAAGGAAGUCUCAUCAAGACCAGAAUGGUUUGCUCAGAUUGAUGAGUGGAAGAAGAAGUAUCCGUGGGCGUAUGAGAAGGAGGGUGAAAACGGCCUCAUCAAACCCCAGACUGUCAUGACUACGCUGUCAAAACUUACCGACCCCUUCAAGGAAAAGGUCAUCAUUACGACUGGAGUUGGUCAGCACCAGAUGUGGGCAGCACAGCACUUCCGCUGGCGGUAUCCACGCUCGAUGAUUACAUCCGGUGGCCUCGGAACCAUGGGAUUUGGCCUCCCUGCGGCCAUCGGUGCCAAGGUCGGGCGCCCAGAUUCCAUCGUCAUAGAUAUCGAUGGUGAUGCCUCGUUCUCCAUGACACUGACCGAACUCAGCACCGCAGCUGAGUUCAAUGUCGGCGUUAAGGUUAUCGUUCUUAACAAUGAGGAGCAAGGCAUGGUCACGCAGUGGCAGUCUCUGUUUUAUGAAGACAGAUUUAGCCAUACCCAUCAGCGGAAUGCGGACUUCAUAAAACUUGCUGAUGCCAUGGGUGUUAAGGCUAACAAGGCAGUCAAGCCUGAGGAGCUAGAAGAAAAGCUGCAGUGGCUUCUUGAUCAGGAAGGUCCUGCGCUUCUGGAGAUCGUGACCGAUCAGAAGGUGCCCGUGCUGCCAAUGGUGCCAGGAGGCUCUGCUCUUCACGAGUUCCUGAUCUACGACGAAGCAAAGGAAAAGGCAAGAAGACAGCGUAUGAAGGAGCGAUCUGGAAGAUAGUUCUUACACAUUUCGGGUAAAAGCUCUGAUGUAUUAGCAUAGUUAUUCUUUGUGUCUGCAGCUGGACUUAAGAUGAUCUUCUACGAUCUUCUAGCUCGCGCGAGCAAAAAAGUUUGGUUCGGCAUCUUUUUUUUUCGGACGGGGAAAAUGCAUCAUACGCAUGAUUUUUUUGGCUUCAGGAUACCUUUGUUGCUUCGAGCAUGGACUCGUAAACGGUUGAUUGUAUGAGGCCAUUUUGUAGGCAGAAGUUUUUAAGGAGCCAGCAUUGCUUCCAAUUGAACCUACUUUCUCUAUCCUUCUGGCAUAAGAUUGGGCAUCUGCUUGCUUAAAUACUACGCACUGGAAUGUUCUGUUUGCACAUUUGCAGCAUUAUUUUCUUUCUCAGCUGAACAGCCAAU